UGAUGUUUAGUUUGAGGAAACCCAAAAAAAUCUCUUCUUGGGGCUGCAGAAGCAGAACUUCCCUGCAGAAUUCUCUUUUGUUAGUCCUUCAAAGGUGGGGACUAGCUAGGUAACUGUUUUUUUGUGUUUUGUGUGUGUGUAGGGUCCCUUGAUAUUUCAUCAUUUCUGUUCCUUUUAGCUUUUGCAGAGAUACUGUCUACCAAAUUCUGUGAAAUCCAAAAACAGAAAUUUAUCUUACUCCUCUCUUCAUGUAUAAAGAAAAUAAUGUGGGGCUCUCUUUUCUCUUUAAAUCAGCCCCUUCUUUCUCUUGUGUCGUCCACAAAAUUCUCUGAAAUCAGCAAAGAUAAAGAACUCACAAAGAAAAAGCCUGUUAAGUACUUAUUGCAUAGAGAAAAUUUGCCUACCAAAGCAAUUGUAGUUUUUAACCUGCCACCUGAAUUUCUCUCUAUCUUCUCAUUUUUCUCAAAAAUGGAAUGUUGAAACCACUGAGGUAGUACUGCAAGCUGCAAUAACAUUUUUCUUGUUUGAUCGAGUGAAGAGAAGGAGUUGAGAUGUCUGCAAAGCUUCUACGUUCAAUAUCAGAUGAAAAUCCAGAUCUGCCGAAGCAGAUUGGAUGCAUGAAUGGUAUCUUUCAGCUCUUUGACCGCCACCGUUUCCUGAGCGGCCGGUGCAUCCACCGAAGUCAGAAGAGGCUUCCACCAGGUCAAAAAGAUAACAAUGGAGCAAAGUCAAAAAGUUCAUCACAGCCACCAACAGGAAAACAUGUCAAGAAGGCCAUGAAAGAGAAACAAAAAGUCUCAACUGAAUCAUCCCGAACGUCGUUUUCCUCUUCCUCUUGUUCAUCUAGCUUCUCAUCUAUAGACUGCAAUAAACAAGCUCAGACAGAAACAUCUUCAUAUGGCCAAACAAAUGUAGCAGGAGCCCCUGUUCGAGACUCACCCGUACAUCAACCAAAUGAUUCUUUGCAAUUAAGCCGACAGCCUGUUGAUAUCCGAAAUUUUGUCAAGGACUCUAUGUACAGAGAAGCUCGCGGGAUAUCAAUUAAAACUCGAAUCAAAGAGAAUGAUGCCGGGGGACAAAUCUUGAAAUACAUGGAUUCUCCAAGGCCUCUGCAGCAGCCAAAACCUAUCAAGUCCAGAUUCUCAUGUGUCAAUGAAGAAUUUCAGGUUCUUGGUAAGCUGAGAGAAGCACCUAGGAAAUCCAAUGAACAGAAGGAUGGUUUUGCAGUAAAGGAUACUCCUCGAUUCUCUUAUGACAGUCGGGAAUCGCGAGAAGCAUUUAAAUCCAUUAUAAAGCUGAAAGAGCUCCCAAGACUAUCACUGGACGGUAGAGAGCGCUCCAUGAGGGGUUCAACGGCUGAAAUGAAAUCAAAUUAUCUCAUACGUGACCUGCAGAGGGGUGACGGGAACUGUCGCAAUAUUUUUAACCAAGAGCAAGAACCUGGAAGUCACAAAGGACCGUCUAGUGUUGUAGCAAAGUUGAUGGGUUUGGAAACUUUUCCAGACUCAAUGUCAACUGAUGGGAAUCAGCCGGGUCAUACGAAAACAGCCUCAUAUGGUGAAUGUGAUUCCUUCUCAAGAAUAUCAAGAACUGCUGAUAGCAACAAGCAAAACGGAAUAGGUGGAUCCCCAAGGAAUUCUACCAGGGAACCUGUAUCACCCCGGAUGAAAAAUGCUGAUUCAGCCAAGAAGUCCAUUGCAAACUGCAAGGCUCCUAUAGAGCCUGCUCCAUGGAGACUACUUGAUGGGAGCAAAGGUCAGAUACCAACUUUCAAGAGCAGAGAAACUCAGACUAACGCCCCAAACUCUUCUCUUUCAGUUUAUGGGGAAAUCGAAAAAAGGUUGGCACAACUUGAGUUCAAAAAGUCUGGAAAGGACCUCAGAGCUCUUAAACAAAUACUUGCAGCAAUGCAGAAGACAAAAGAAGUGUUAGAAAGCAGAAAAGAAGAUCAGCCUCCAACCAUUGUGCCUCGAACGGGCAAUAACAACAGUAUAGAUCAGAGCUCAAGAUUGGCAAAUUCAAAAAACCAAGAAGGCGAUAACCAAACAUCUGCCACAGUUAAAGGGAACGGUUCUCCAAGAAGUAUUAAAUCCUCAACUGUAGAUAUGAAAGCAGCUAAAUGCAUCGAAAAAGCCAGUAAUUUUGCCUCCUCAGUAAUUCUACCUGAGAAUUUAUCAGGUCUCCAAGGAAUCCGCAUUGGUGAAUCUUCAGAUAGCAGAAAGGAAUCUGAUGACAAGCAAACAGCUACAGAUCCAACUCAAAGAAUAAUUCACCAGAGGGACCCUUCAAGCCAAAAACUUCAUCCUAUAAAUAAGAAUGCCAGUGCCAAAACUUUGAGAUCAGCACAAUGUUUGAAAAAUCCUCAACUUACCGCUGGAAAAAGCAAGUCAAGGGCGAGCUCCAAACCCGCGAACCCGAGACUGCAACAGAAGAAACUUGGGUUGGAGAGGCAAUCUCAUUCCACAAUUUUAUCAUCAGAUUUCAGCAAGACUAGGAGUCAACCAAUAGAAUCAGGUCCUCCACAUAGGAGAUGUAGACUGCAAUAUUCACAGGUGCAGCAAAGUGAUGAUCAAAUGAGCGACGUCAGUAGUGAUUUAAGAGAUUUAAGUCACCAAGGUGAUGCUAGUUCUCUCCGAUCUGAAAGCAAUAUCAGCAUAGCCUCGCAUGUUGACAUUGAAGUCACAAGCAUUGAUAGAUCUAAUAAGAUUCCUGGUGGCUUCUUCCAGCAACAAGACCAAAAAGAUCGAGCACCAAGGUGUAAUGAAAACUGGUCAAUGGCAGAACCGACAAAGAUUGGUCAAGAACAACCAAGUCCUGUCUCUGUUCUUAACACAACAUUCUACAGAGAUGAACCACCAUCUCCAGUAGAAAAGAUAUCACAUCCCUUUAGAGAUGUUGAGGCCGUGAAUUCUGACGAAGCAGAGUGGAUUGCAGCAGACUUGAAUCACUUAUCUAACUGCAGAAAACCCAGUUUCAGCUCUGAGGAUUACAGAGGAAUAGAAAACGCCCAGCACUUGGUUCCGAAUCUUAUCCAUAGAACCCCCACUCAUGAGAAACCUAUCAUUGAUGAAAUUGCACCCAUCCAUGACAGCACAAAUCCAGACCACAGAUAUAUUUCAAAGAUAUUGCUAGCAUCAGGUCUCCUCAGAGAUUUUGAAGCUAGUAUCAUGGCCAUUCAGCUUCAUCCAUCAGGUCACUUGAUCAAUCCUAAUUUGUUCUACGUUCUGGAACAAACUGAAGCUAGCACCAAGCUUUUAAACGACAAAGGUAUGAAGGUUAUCAAUUCAGAACCCACUCCUGAGAAAGCUCGGCGGAAACUAGUUUUUGAUGCUGUUAAUGAAAUUCUAGUCCAAAAGUUGGUGUUGGCACGUUCUUCCAAUCAAUGGUUCUCCGCAAGCAAGGCCGCAAAAAAAUCAAUAAGGCUGCAGCUUCUAAGAGGUCUGUGUUCAGAGGUAGAUUGUCAACAAGUUAAACAAUCAAACUGUAACUUAGGCGAUGAGGAUGACACUUUAAGGCAAGAUCUUAUGCAUGGAUCAAUGAUCUGGGCAGGUUAUGAGAGUGAAAUUUCAUGUUUGGUGUUGGAUGUUGAGCGGUUGAUAUUCAAAGACUUGAUAAGUGAGCUUGUGAGGUAUGAGACGACUCGUCCGCAAGGUCAGGCUGGUAGGCAUUGCAGGCAGCUGUUUUCUAAGUAGUAUUCUUGAUGAGAUAGUUUUUAGUUUCCUUUCAUCUUCUCAUCUCUCUCACUAAUUAGAGGAAAAAGGGUUUUAAAAGCUUGGCCUUUCUUGAUUUUAAUGUGUAAUUUCCUCAGGAUGAAAUCAGAGUAAUCCUAGGUUGCAUAUUGUGCCUAAUUAACCAUUGAAUCUCCACAAGGAGCAUAUAACAUACACGUAAACUAAAUGUAAACCUAAAUAUAAACUUUCUCUAAAUGUCUUUCCAACCAUACUCUUGAAUAAAUAAUAUGCGACAGGGUUGCAGCA